UACUAAUAGGCCAAAUAAAGACAAACCAUUAUUAAAAGUAGCUGCAGUUGACUUUACAAUUGAAUUCUAUAUUGGCCAGGCACAACUAAUCAAAAAAUGAAUUUCCAAAUCCCAGCAAUAACUUAAUUUUGAGAGUCGAACCACAUCAAAUACUGAUAAACCUCAGAAUGGAUUGCCGCUUCUCAUCGCCACAAUUGGAUUCGGCUAAGUUUGACGUAGGCUUGAUGAACGAGUUUGACGCAAUUGAACGAGAGAUGACAGAAUUACUCAAUUCUCUCGAGUACAACGAUAAAAAGAGUGAAGAAAAACGGCCACCUGUGAGAAGCAGCUCAAUUGGACGAAUGAACUAUCUCAAUCCUUGCCAGCAACAGCUGAAUUCUGGACCUAAAAAGGUCCAGCAAGAAGUUCCUAGAAGAAGACUGAUUGAGAAAGGCAACCCUUCUCGAUAUAGGUCCAUGGGUGAUAAUCAUUCGUGGAAUAAUUACUACAACUACAUCGACCAGGAUGGAAAGAGCGAGAGGUCAAGUGAGUUACGGUUAGAAAAAGACAACAGAAGUCAUCAAGAGGAAUCGAUCGAGGAGUUAGAUGAGUUCAGAAGAAGACUUCAGUUGUUCGGAUUGGAUGAAAUGCGGACCAAUCAGAGCGGAGGGGAAAACACAAUCAGCACGCUAUGUCCGUCAGACAGUCGCCCACUGGAAAGUAGAAGUGUCGGCUCACUUUCAGUGUCGGCGGCAGACACCUUCGGCUUAGAAGAACAUGAUGAGAACGUAGGAGGUCACUUUACAAGGAAUGGCGAAAGAGGAGUAAUGAUUCAAGGUCACCGAGAAAUUCAGCGGGGAAAGACGACAACAGUUAAAGACAGGAAGCGCAUGAACAAAAAAAGUAGAGAGAAAAGAUCCAGUGAGCUGUCUCUGAGUGAGCAAUGGGCUUCGUUGGACAGAUCAGGACCCAAGGGGCUCGCUGAAGGCGCAGACGCGUCUAUGUGCAGUAGUGUCGUGAGUGGCGUGGAAUCUGACACAGCUUCGAUAGCCUCCCUUCCUUUCUUCACAUUCUCGGACAGUGUCUCCCAACUGGAUGUCCCCAUACUCCUGUCACACCAGUCACAUCAUAACAGUGGUUCCCAACUGAAUAGCAGAGACCACGACAACAGCACCUCCACCUCUUUUUCUUCCCUCUCGUCGGCUGAUAAUAUGUCUCAUCAUCGCCGGUAUAGAGAAUUGCAAAAAAGUUGA